AUGAGUUAUGGUGGUAAAAGAAAAUUUAGUAUAGCCAAAUCUACUUCUUCUAAUUGUUCUUCAUCAGAAGAUAAUAAUGAUAAUAAUCAUCAUAUAAUACAUUCAGAUUCCGAUAGUUCUUUAACUGAUAUAGGAGAUAGAAAAUUAUUAAUUGGUAAAAGAUUAAAUAAAAAAUCUCCAUUUAAAGGUAAAAAGAAAAUUCCCCUGGGUGGUAAAAAAUUACCGAAGAAAAAAUGGGUAAAUCAACAAGAAGAAAGUGAACAAGCGGAUGAUAAUGAUAGUGAAGAAGAUGGUAGUAAUGGCUCAGAUGCAGAUGAUGAUGCCGAUGAUGAUUUAACUGGUUUAUUUUCAUUAUUAAAUAAUAAAAAACAAGGUGGUAAUUCAGAUGAAGAAAAUAAUAGCUCUUCUGAAGAGGAUUCGGAUGACGAUGAUGAAGAUGAAGAUGAAGAUGAAGAUGAAGAUGAUUAUGAUGAUGACGUUGAUUUUGUAAAAUUACAAGCUCAGAAGAAAGUCCAAUCUUUGAAGAAUGCAAGAGCUUUAAAAGGUUUAAAAGGGAAAAAAAAUAUGUCUACAUCAGCUAUUGAAAGUUCAUCAGAGGAGAGCAGUGACAAUGAAAUUGUUGAAGAUAUUGAACCACGACUGAAACUAUCACUGAGAAGAAAAAGUUUGAAUAAUAAAUUUGGUAGAAGAAAAUCAAAUGCUGCUUUACCUGAUAUCAAAUUUGAGUUUAAUCAUAAAGAUUCAUUUCAAGAUGAACCAGAUGUCAAAAUUGAAAAUAAACAACCAGAAGAAGAAGAUAUGGGUGAAGAAAUCAAUUUAUCAUCUUCAGUUAGUAUGAACAAUGCCACAACUCAAUUUGAUUUUGAAUUUGAUAAUCAAUUAAUGGUAGUACCUAAAAUUAAUGAAGAUGAAUUAAAUUCAGAUGAAGAUUAUGAAAUUGAUGAUAAUGAAUUAUUAGCUACAUUACAAGCAGAAAAUGAUGUUGAUGAAUUUUUGCCAGAUUUAUCGACAACUCAUGAUUAUCAUACAACUUCACAACCACAUAUAAUAUCAGAAGAAAUAAAUGAAGAAGAAGAUAAUGAUGAAUUCGAAGAUGAAGAUGAAGAUGAAGAAAAUGAUCCAUUUUUAAAAGAAGAAGAAAAAUAUUUAGUUAAUGAAUUUGAAAAUAAUGGAUUUGAUGAAGAUGAUGAAGAUGAUGAAAAUUAUUUUGACCUUGAUUCUGAUUUUUCAACAUCAAAAAAGAUAAAUCAUUCAUUUAGAGGAAUAGGAGAAGAUAAAUCAAAACCUAUAAAGACAUAUGAAGAUAAUAAUUAUUCAAAUUCAGAUUAUGAUGAAGAUGAUUAUAUCAAUUUAAAUGAUUUUGAUAUUCCAUUAUUUGAUAAGAGCGAUAAUGAGAAAGAAGAGAAGAAUAAAGAAACAAACAAGAAUAAGUCAAGUAAUAGGAAGAGGAAAUCAAAUUUGAAAAAUUCAGAUGAAGAUGAUGAUGAUAGUUAUCUUUGGAAUUAUUUCUUUAGUUCCGAUAAUGAUUCAUCAUCAAGUGAUGAAAAAGAGAUAAAGAAAGAGAAAGAAUCUAAACAACAACAAGUUGAUGAUUUAUUCAAACAGAUAGAUAAUGAUAAUACAUUCAAGAAAAAACUAAAGAAACGAAAAACAAAUGAGUUUCUUGGUAGUAGAAUAGAUUAUAAUGAUUCAUUGGAUGAAGAUGAAUAUAAUGACUCGUCUGAAUCAACAGACAUUGACGAAAAUAUUCCAAAAAGUAAUUCAUCAAGAAAUAUAGGUGGUUUGAAAAAAGCAACAGAAGUAUUAUCAUCAAAAACAGCAGAUUAUAGACCUCCAAUUUUGGGAUCUUGGGUUACAAUUGAUUCUAAACCAUUUGGCAUAAUUGAUGGAUUAUCAACAAGGACUCUCCAACCAAAACAAAAACAACAACAACAACAAGGACAAGGACUACCAAAUAUUCCAAAUAAUAUACCUAGGAAGAGUAUAUUUGUACCUAAUGAUGAUUCAGUAGAAAUGGGUCUAGAUGAAUUAUUAAAUAUUUCGGAAUUGGAUAAUAAUGAUGAAAAUGAUGCUAAAAUAUGGAGAGAUUUUAAUAAUCAUAAAAAAAUCCCCCUUGGAGCGUUUAGAAAUAAAUCAAUACUACAGCAAAAUACAAAUCAAGGUGAAUUUAAAAGAAGAUAUUCGAAUUCAAAUUCAAAUUCAAAUUCAAAUAUAAAGAAAUCACUGCCUAAAUCUGGUGUUAAUAAGGAAAGGAGAAGACAACAGAGUAUACUUGAAGCAGUUAAUGAAGGUUAUAGACCCACUAAAUCUGGUUUAUUUAGUGAGAAUGCAUUGGCUGAUGUUGAAGAAUUAUUGGGUGAUGAUAAUGAUAUAAUGGCUUUAAUUAAAGGUUUGUAA